GCCAUCACCGCCAUCACCAUCGCCAUUACCUCUCGCAGCUCUCGCGUCGAAGUCGUGCUUGUCAAUCUGUCAGGAACAGCUGUGUUGUCGUCUUUCAUAUUUAUUUUCAUUUGCCGUUUCAAAGCACCAACAUGACUUCGUAUCGCACACCUAACACGCCGGUGGAUUCGAAGAAAGAAGAAUUCAGGAAAUACCUGGAGAAAAGUGGAUUGUUCGACGCUCUAACUAAAGCACUUGUGAACCUCUUUGACAAGCCCGAGCGGCCUGAAAAUGCGGUGGCCUACCUCAAGGCAUGCCUGGACGCCGACGGACCCGAGGAAGAUGCGGCCACACUGAAGCGCCAGCUGGAUGAGACGAUAAAGAAGCUUGAGGCCCUGCAGCUAGAGCACGACGAACUCAGGUCCCAGCUUUUAAAUGAAAAGCUUGCCAAAGGAGAAGUGGAAGAAGCUGUGGAGCCGGAACAGUAAAGACCACCCAUGGCUAGAGUGAAGUUUUUCCGUCCAACGAUCAUGCCUUUGCUUCUUUUAAAAUGAAAACUACUUCUGACCUUGUUAAAAAUAAUUAUUCGUUUCGGGCUCGUUUCUACCGAAUAUGUGUGCUCAGAACCAACAUUCCCAGACCUGCUCCUGGCUUUAAAAAAAAAUUUCCUGGAGCCCUCGAUUUCCGUUGACUGCGCAACAGCUUGAAACACAAGCAAGCCUAGCGAGGUUACGUGCGACUCGGAGUGUGUUCCGCUUUUGAGGUUCACCAAAUCACUAUAGAUGCCCAUGCCGUUUACAAAGGAGCGUGUCUACUACAUUCUCAGUGUGUGGACUCUGGAAAUCUGUAGUGAUAAAGUUUUUGAAUGGCAAACUCGGUGCCCUUUGGCUGCUUGUAUUUUAAACUGUUUGGGGUUAUAUGUGGGAGUGGAUGGGGGGGGGGGGGGGGGGGAGACUUUAAAUUGGGUCGUGGGAAUCGAAGUUAUUAACAGACAUACCAAAACAUUGUUUGCUUGCGACACAUAUAGUUAAAAGAAACAUUACUUAAGUGACAUUGGCAUUCCAAGUGGUUAAUUGCUACAAGUUUGAGAUCUCAUCCCCUUGUUUGUUUUCGUAUAACUCUUGUGUGAACUAGUCCGGGUUUGUAUGAUGCAACCCCUUUUCUGAAGGGUGCCAUUUCAACAUAUCUUAUGUUUGUGUGCAAUGAAAGUUUCUUGUUUUUAAGUGUACCGAGAACAAAAGUAGUAUUUUUUCUGUAUGUGGAUUGUUUUAUGCUCACAAUAAAGUAAUUGUGGUGCUCC